AUGGCAGUCAGUAUCUCUAGAGUAUAUGCUGAUAUUAAUGAGCAUAAACCUCAGUCAUACUGGGAUUAUGAGAACGUAUCAAUCUUUUGGGGUCCUCAGUAUACCUAUGAGAUAACGAGAAAGGUAGGCCGUGGAAAAUAUUCCGAAGUGUUUGAAGGAUACCAGAUAACCACGGGAACCAAAAUUAUUAUCAAAGCUUUGAAGCCUAUCAAAAAGAAGAAGAUUAAAAGAGAAAUCAAGAUUCUUCAGGAUCUUGCUGGAGGUCCACAGAUUGUCGAUCUUCUGGAUGUGGUGAGGGACCCAAUAUCCAAGACGCCGGCCCUUAUCUUUGAGUACGUCAAUAAUACUGAGUUCAGAACUCUAUACCCAAAGCUUUCCGAUAUGGAAGUGCGCUAUUACAUGUACCAACUUUUAGAGGCUCUAGAUUUUGCGCACUCCAUGGGGAUUAUGCAUAGAGAUGUCAAGCCUCACAACAUCAUGAUUGAUCAUGCCCACAAGAAGUUAAGGUUAAUAGACUGGGGUCUUGCCGAAUUCUAUCACCCAGGAACUGACUAUAACGUGCGAGUUGCCUCAAGGUACUUCAAGGGUCCUGAAUUACUAGUCGAUUAUAGAUACUACGACUAUUCAUUGGACAUAUGGUCAUUCGGUGCCACUUUCGCCUCCAUAAUUUUCAAGAAAGAGCCUUUCUUUCAUGGCAAAUCCAAUACGGAUCAAUUGGUUCAGAUAGCACGAGUCUUAGGAACCGAUGAACUUUAUAAGUACUUAGAUAAGUACGGUUUAAAACUCGGUCCUGAGUACGAAGAUUUGGGCCAUUAUGUGCGACGCCCUUGGAAUCGAUUCGUCAAUCCUAACAACAAAGAUUUGAUAAGCGACGAGGCCCUAGAUUUUGUAGACCAUAUUCUUAGGUACGAUCAUCAGGAACGGUUGACGGCUAAAGAGUGCAUGAUGCAUUCUUACUUUGCUCCUAUUCGAGAGGAACAAAAAAAACAGGCCAUUUCUCAAGCUCAGCCGGUCGACCUCGCCGACUAA